UUAAGGAUUACAUCAAAGUCACCCUCAUUGAGGUACUUGUUACUCAUUCACUCCUAUAUAUGACUUUUUACCAAGAAAAAAUUAUUUUGUCACUGAUCAUAAUUAUGUGAUUUACUGGAACAGGCAAAUGAAAUACUGUCAUCCUUUGAUGUUGGAUUGAGGCAGUACGCAACGAACCACCUGACCAAGGUUAGUUCAUUUGCAUUCAGUUUCCUGGUUGACAUUUUUUGUUAGUUUGGAGACCUAAUAUGAAAUAUGAACUUUUUGCGCUAGUGUGGUGUUAACCUUAUGCGAGGUGUUGUGAAAGAGGUGCAUGCCAAGAAGAUAGUUCUUAAUGAUGGAACUGAUGUUCCAUAUGGCCUUUUGGUCUGGUCUACUGGGGUUGGUCCCUCACAGUUUGUGAAAUCACUUAAUCUUCCCAAGUCCCCUGGUGGAAGGGUUGGUGUCGAUGGGUGGAUGCGAGUUCCUUCUGUGGAAGAUGUGUUUGCACUUGGAGAUUGCGCAGGUUUUCUUGAAGAGACUGGGAUGCCAGUGCUUCCAGCUUUAGCUCAGGUGGCAGAAAGGCAAGGAAAAUUUCUGGUGGAGUUGUUUAACAGGAUUGGGAAGGAGGCAGGUAAGGCCAUGAGUGCAAAAGAUAUCUCUCUGGGAGAACCUUUUGUCUACAAGCACCUCGGAAGCAUGGCAUCCGUUGGGAGUUAUAAGGCACUCGUUGAUCUGCGCAAAUCCAAGGAUUCAAAGGGCAUAUCCCAUGCUGGAUUUGUUAGCUGGUUCAUCUGGCGCUCUGCUUAUCUUACCCGGGUUGUAAGUUGGAGGAACAGGUUCUAUGUUGCUGUGAACUGGGCUACCACGCUUGUGUUUGGCAGAGACAACUCAAGAAUAGGUUGAAGCAACACAACUACUUAUUCCUUUCCCAACUAAUCU